AUGUCUCCCUCCACUAUGAAGCAAUGGGUCAUUCAAGAUAAGGAACACGACCUCGACGGCCUUGUUUACCAGGAUGCCGCUGUUCCGAAAGUCGGUGAGAACGAAGUGCUAGUGAGGCUUGAAGCUGCAUCGCUGAAUUAUCGCGAUCUGAUUAUCCCCAAGGGCCAAUAUCCAUUCGCUCUGGAUCUGCCUGUAGUGCCAGGCUCUGAUGGUGCUGGUGAGGUUGUAGAGGUUGGAUGCAAGGUUGCUCAGUUCAAGAAGGGCGAUCGCGUCGCGACUCUCUUCAACCAGGGCCACCAAUAUGGCGAGAUUGACUCAUAUGCCGCUGGAACGGGCCUUGGAGGUGUAAUUGAUGGCACCCUUCGCGAGUAUGGUGUGUUCAAUGAGCAGGGUCUGGUUAAGGCACCUAGCAAUCUCACUGCCCUUGAGGCCAGCACCCUCCCAUGUGCCGCACUCACCAGUUGGAAUGCGCUAUAUGGCCUGAAGCCUUUGAAGCCUGGCCAGGUCGUUCUCGUUCAAGGAACCGGUGGUGUCAGCAUAUUUGGCUUGCAGUUCGCCAAGGCUGCUGGCGCAACAGUCAUUGCGACAACGUCUUCCGCCGAGAAGGCUGAGAAACUCAAGAAGCUCGGUGCUGAUCAUGUCAUUAACUAUAAGAAUGACCCAAACUGGGGCGAGACUGCUCGCAAGCUGACACCCGAUGCAGCUGGCGUUGACCACAUUAUUGAAGUGGGCGGCAGUGGAACUCUCCAGCAGAGCUUCAAGUGCGUGAAGUUUGAAGGUAUCAUUAGCGUCAUUGGCUUCCUUGGAGGCGUGGACCCAAAGACUCAGCCGACUGUCUUGGAAACAUUGAGUAACAUCUGUACUGUUCGUGGUGUUUAUGUCGGUAGCAAGGCCCUCAUGAAGGAUAUGAUUCGAGCCAUCGAGGCCAAUGAUAUCCAUCCUGUGGUUGACGACAAGGUAUUCACCCUUGAUCAGGCACGUGAGGCCUAUGAUUACAUGCUACGGUUCACAGUGACAAUCGAGUCCAGCAGCUCGUUCCCUACGCAAUCGUGGGAAGCGCAGAUUUGGCAUAAUAUUACUGGAUCCGAAUGGACAUCCUUGUCACUGCGGGAAGGCCGUCUUGAUCAUACACCUUUAUUAACUGGGGAUGAUAGCGAAUACAACUAUCAUCGCCAUGUAUUCUCGGGCGAGUUACUCCUGCCAGCAGCAGGUGGUCAUGCCCGGUUUACUGUGCGGUUUCGCACUGGCCCAGACACAGAUUGGCAAUGGGCAAACCAGAAACAUCCUGUGAGCGACGGUGAAAUUGUAUAUAGCCCACGCCAUUCCGACCUCGACAAGCGUGGGUCCACCGAUCCAACUACACAAGCUCCCGGAGGUGAUCUAGGAAGGUACAUUGAUAAUCUUAAUCACGAAUUGCAGAUUAAGUCGCGUUUGAGUGAAGCUCCAGGGUCAGUACUUUGGACGCUUUCUGGUGAUAUCGAUGCCGUUCAAGAUGGUGCAUCCACAAUCAAGCGACUUUCAAUUGGCACCCCUUCGUCGGUGGUGAGGUAUUUCUCACUGGUGCGUGUGUGGAGUCCAUGGCUAGGUCCCAGGCAUGGAAAAGAUAAAUUCCGACUGACCGAAGACGCGAUAUUGUGUUCUUUCUUGCGCGAAGAUGGUAGACAUCUUGUUAUGCUGGCUGUGUCGGGUGUCAAUGAUGUCUUGACGGUGUUUCGGUCAAAUGAAAAGGGUGAGGUUGUAGUCACAGCAAAGAGUGACAAUUCAGAGCCAUCGAGGUUUCAUGUGCUGGUCAGUGCCGCAGAAGACUUUGAAGUCGCCAUCUCCGCACUGAUCUACGAAGCUCGGAAAGUGGUCAGGCCGUUCGCAAACCAGACUAAUAUUGAUUUGGAAGAGCAAGUUCCAUUGUCUCCACCGGGUGACGAUAUGGUUAUUGUGGAGAAAGACCCAACUGCACAGUGGCUGUCUGAGUGGUUCGAUGGUCUGACGUAUUGUACCUGGAAUGGACUGGGACAGGAUCUUACGGAAGAGAGGAUUUUGCACGCCUUGGAUACAUUAAAGUCCAAUGGAAUCAAUAUUGUCAAUCUUAUUAUCGAUGAUGGUUGGCAGACUAACGACAAUGAAGGAAACUCUCAAUUCCAGCAAAGGUGGAAACAGUUCGAGGCACACCCAAAAGGAUUCCCCAAGGGACUGAAGCACACAGUGGAAGCUAUUCAUCGCGUGCAUCCUGCUCAAAGAUUCAAAACAAAGCAAGUGAAGAUCAAGGACCCUUCCACCAACGGCCCCAUCGCGAAAAAUCUGCCAGAUGGUAAAAUCCUUGCUAUCGAUCCUGAUGAUGUUCAACGAUUCUACGACGAAUUCUAUGGCUACCUUAGCUCGGUCGGCAUAGACUCCGUGAAGACCGAUGCACAAUUCUUUAUCGAUCUUCUUGAAGAUCCAGAAGACCGCCAGAGAUUCAUGACUUCUUAUCAAGAUGCGUGGUCUAUAGCAUCACUGAAGCAUUUCAGCACUCGGGCAAUCUCAUGCGGCUCAAUGACCCCUCAAAUAAUCUUCCAUUCACAAAUGCCCACCAACAAACCCACAAUUCCAUUGCGAAACUCCGAUGACUUUUUCCCGGAUGUUCCUGCCUCUCACCCGUGGCAUGUGUUCUGCAACGCUCAUAACUCCUUGCUCACCCGCUUCUUGAAUGUAUUGCCCGACUGGGAUAUGUUCCAAACAAGUCAUCCGUACGCAUCAUUCCAUGCUGCAGCACGAUGUGUGUCGGGAGGACCCAUCUAUAUCACCGAUGAGCCGGGCAAGCAUGACUUGACUGUGUUGGACCAAAUAGCUGCACCCACAGUCAAAGGAACUACGGUAAUCCUACGCCCUAGUGUCAUUGGACGCACAAUCGACAUGUACCACGGCUACAAUGAAGGACAUCUCCUGCGUGUGGGAAGCUACACUGGCUGGGCCAAGACUGGAAGUGGAAUAUUGGGCCUGUUCAAUAUUAAUUCCGCGCAGGCUUCAAGUAUAGUCUCCUUGAUGGAUUUCCCAGGGAUCCAUGAGGACUCCCACGGCCACUACAUUGUACGUGCACAUAGCAGCGGUAAGAUCUCCACUCGCAUGCGGCCCUUGACACAGAACUCCCUGGUUGCGGUUGUCCUGGAGCCAGAGGGCUGGGAGAUUCUCACUGCGUACCCGACUUGCUCAUUCACGCUGAAGGGAAGCCAUGGAUGUAACCCAUCUGGUGAUGGUCUGACACAUGUGGCUGUCCUUGGUCUUCUAGGCAAGAUGACCGGUGCAGCGGCUGUGGUGACUUCUGAUAUAUCUCUUGUUGAGAACGGCCGUUUGCGAUUUGACAUUAGCUUGAAGGCGCUGGGAACCCUGGGGAUUUAUUUCUCCGAUCUUCAAGACAGGACUAUUGCGCGGAACUUUAUGGUCAUGAUCUUGGGACGCGCAGUUCCGGAGGAGACGGUCUGGAUAGAAGGUGGAGAGACUGCUAAUGUGCUAGCAAUUGAUGUGUUGGCGGCUUGGAAGGCUAUGAAGUUGGACAGUGGGUGGAGCAAUGAGGCCUUUGUACAAGUGUUUGUGGGUUAA